CCGGCACCGCGCAUGCGCGAGGGCACGGCCGGCACCGCGGCGCUUGCGCAGUGCGGCCGCAGCCCGGCGGGCGCGCUGGGAGCCGCGGGGUUCGGCCCCGGCGGGAGGCGGCGCUGCUGCCGCCGCGCUCGGCCCGGCGCGCGCCACACAAAGGCGGCCGCGGCCGCCACGGCUCCCGCGGCACCGCAUGGCGGCGGCACCGCCCCCGCGGGGCUAGGCCAGGGCGGACCGGAGCCCCCUUCUUCCCUCCCUCCGGCCUCUCCCGUCCGGCCCGUCCGUCGCCGGGAGGAGCGGAGCAGGGUCCUGCACGGCCCCGCCAUGCUGUCCCCGGGCCGCCGCGCUCUCUGCCGCCCGCCGCGCCGCCGCCGCCGCCCGCGGCUCCUGCCCGCGCUGCUGCUGCUGGCCGUGCUGGGCGGCGGCGGUGCCGCGCUGCCGCCGGGCUGUAAGUACGACGGGCGUCCCAAGAGCGCCGGCAAAGCGGCGGCCGGCGGCCCGGCGGAGGUCAAGGUAGUUUGUAGCAACCUGGAGCUCGCUCAGGUGCUGCCUCCCGAGACGCUGCCCAACCGGACGGUCACCCUGAUUUUGAGUAACAAUAAAAUAACAGAGCUGAAGAAUGGUUCCUUCUCUGGAUUACACCUUCUUGAAAGAUUGGAUCUUAAGAACAAUCUUAUUAGUACCAUAGAUCCAGGAGCUUUUAUGGGGCUUUCAUCUUUGAAAAGACUAGACUUAACCAAUAACCGAAUAGGCUGCCUGAAUGCAGAUAUAUUUAGAGGACUUGUAAACCUUAUUAGAUUGAAUCUUUCUGGAAAUCUGUUUUCUACACUUACACAGGGGACAUUUGAUCAUCUUGGUUCACUAAAGUCUCUAGAAUUUCAGACUGAUUAUCUUCUUUGUGAUUGCAACAUACUGUGGAUGCAUCAGUGGUUAAAGGAAAGGAAUAUAACUGUACGUGAGACUAAAUGUGCCUACCCCAAGUCACUUCAGUCACAGACAGUGACUGGUGUGAAACAGGAGCUUCUCACCUGUGAACCACCACUUGAAUUACCAUCUUUCUAUAUGACUCCAUCUCAUCGUCAGGUGGUCUUUGAAGGAGACAGUCUUCCCUUCCAAUGUAUGGCUUCAUAUAUUGAUCAAGACAUGCAAGUCUUGUGGUAUCAGGAUGGGAAGAUAGUGGAAACUGAUGAGUCCCAGGGUAUUUUUGUUGAAAAAAACAUGAUUCAUAACUGCUCACUGAUUGCAAGUGCACUGACAAUCUCAAACAUUCAGGCUGGCUCCACAGGAAACUGGGGCUGUCAUGUACAAACCAGACGUGGGAAUAACACAAGGACAGUGGACAUUGUGGUGUUAGAAAGUUCUGCACAGUACUGCCCUCCAGAGAGGGUUGUGAACAAUAAAGGAGAUUUCAGGUGGCCCAGAACAUUGGCAGGCAUCACGGCAUACCUGCUGUGCACACGUUAUUCUGCUGGCAGUGGGAUAUAUCCUGGCAACUCCCAAGAUGAGAGAAGAGCCUGGCGCAGAUGCGACAGGGGAGGGUACUGGGCGGACGAGGACUACUCCAGGUGCCAGUAUGCAAAUGAUGUCACUCGAGUUCUUUUUAUGUUCAAUCAGAUGCCGCUCAACCUCACUAAUGCAGUGGCAACAGCAAGACAGCUCUUGGCGUACACAGUUGAAGCAGCAAAUUUCUCUGAUAAAAUGGAUGUUAUUUUUGUGGCUGAAAUGAUAGAGAAAUUUGGAAGAUUUGCUGAAAAAUACAAAGAGCUUGGCGACGUCAUGGUGGACAUAGCAAGUAAUAUUAUGUUGGCUGACGAACGUGUUCUGUGGAUGGCACAAAGGGAAGCCAAGGCUUGCACCAGAAUUGUACAGUGUCUACAGAAGAUUGCUAUGUAUCGGCUUGCAAAUGGAGCUCAAGUUUAUUCUACUUAUUCUCCAAAUAUUGCUCUUGAGGCCUAUGUAAUAAAGGCUGCUGGUUUCACUGGGAUGACUUGCACCGUAUUUCAGAAAGUGGCUACAUCAGACCGUACAGGACUCAGCGAUUAUGGGAGAAGAGACCCAGAUGGAAAUCUAGAUAAACAAUUAAGCUUUAAGUGCAAUGUUUCAAAUACACUGUCAAGCCUGGCUUUAAAGAACACAAUUGUAGAGGCCUCUAUCCAGUUGCCAGCUUCCCUUUUCACCCAAAAACAAAAAAGAGAGAUCAGACCAGCAGACGAAUCUGUCUACAAGCUUCAGCUUAUUGCGUUUCGCAACGGAAAGCUUUUCCCAGCAACAGGAAAUUCAACAAAUCUGGCUGACGAUGGGAAGCGUCGUACAGUUGUAACUCCAGUUAUUCUUACCAAGAUAGACGGGCUGGGCGCGGCCAGCGCCCGCGCUCCCAUCAAUGUGACGCUGCGGCGGAUCGCGCACGGGGCAGACGCCGUGGCAGCGCAGUGGGACUUCGACCUCCUCAACGGCCAAGGGGGAUGGAAAUCCGACGGCUGUCGCAUCCUGCUGUCCGAUGAAAAUAUCACCACCAUUCAGUGCUACUCCCUCAGCAACUAUGCUGUUUUAAUGGACUUGACUGGAGUUGAGUUAUAUACACAGCCAGCUGAUCUUCUGCAUCCAGUAAUUUAUGCUACUGCCAUGGUUUUGCUGAUGUGCCUGUUGAUGAUCAUGGUCAGUUACAUAUACCACCACAGUGUGAUCAGGAUCAGUGUUAAAAGCUGGCAUAUGUUAGUUAACUUGAGCUUUCAUAUUUUCCUGACGUGUGUGGUGUUUAUUGGAGGCAUAACUCAGACCAGGAAUGCCAGUAUUUGCCAAGCGGUUGGGAUAAUUCUCCAUUAUUCUACUCUUGCAACGGUACUGUGGCUGGGAGUGACAUCUCGUAAUAUUUACAAGCAGGUAACCAAAAAAGCCAAAAGGUGUCAAGAUCCUGAUGAGCCACCUCCUCCACCCAGGCCCAUGCUGAGGUUCUACCUUAUUGGUGGAGGGAUCCCUAUCAUAGUUUGUGGAAUAACAGCUGCGGCAAACAUCCGAAAUUAUGGCAGCAGACCUAAUGCACCUUAUUGCUGGAUGGCUUGGGAACCUAGCUUAGGAGCAUUUUAUGGACCUGCUGGUUUUAUAAUUUUCAUAAACUGUAUGUAUUUUCUGAGCAUAUUCAUACAACUGAAGCGUCACCCUGAACGCAAAUAUGAGCUGAAGGAAUCUGUCGAGGAGCAGCAGCGUCUGGCCACCAACGAACACGGGGAGCUGGCCCAUCAGGAUUCACUGUCAGUGUCCCUGGUGUCCACGUCUGCUUUGGAGAACGAGCACAGUUUUCCAGCACAGCUCCUGGGAGUGGGCCUUACUUUGGUUUUGUAUGUUACACUGUGGAUCUUUGGAGCUCUGUCCGUCUCCCUGUAUUAUCCUAUGGACCUGAUCUUCAGCUGUUUUUUUGGGGCAACAUGUUUAAGCCUCAGUGCCUUUCUUAUGGUGCACCAUUGCAUUAACAGGGAAGAUGUGAGGCAUGCUUGGAUAACAACUUGCUGCCCAGGAAGGAGUACAUAUUCAGUGCAAGUAAAUGUGCCGCCCUCCAGUUCCAGUGGCACCAACGGAGAGGCCCCGAAAUGCACCAACAGUAGCGCAGAAUCCUCAUGCACAAAUAAAAGUGCCUCAAGCCUAAAAAAUUCCUCUCAAGGUUGUAAACUAACUAACUUACAGGCUGCAGCAGCUCAGUGCCACCCUACUUCUCUGCCAUUGAACACGGGUCCUCAGCUUGAUAACAGUCUGACUGAACAUUCAGUAGACAAUGAUAUCAAAAUGCACGUGGCUCCAUUAGAGGUACAGUUUCGGACAAACGGACACCCAAGCCGGCACCACAAGAACAGGAGCAAGGGCCAUCGUGCCAGCAGGCUUGCAGUGCUGAGGGAGUAUGCUUAUGAUGUUCCCACAAGUGUGGAAGGAAGUGUGCAAAAUGGCUUACCCAAAACUCGCCAGAGCAACAGCGAAGGGCACUCGAGGAGCCGAAGAGCCUAUUUGGCAUACAGAGAACGUCAGUACAACCAAUCCCAACAAGACAGCAGUGAUGCUUGCAGUACACUUCCAAAAAGCAGCAGAAAUACAGAGAAAACAAUAGCUACCAACAACAAAAAAGAUAUUCUAAGGAAACCAAUAGCGGCCGAGCUUGAAAAUCAACAAAAAUCUUAUGGCUUAAAUUUAGCCAUCCAGAAUGGACCACUUAAAAGCAGUGGACAGGACGGACCUUUGCUCACUGCAGACAGUACUGGUAAUAUUAGAACUGGGCUAUGGAAACAUGAAACUACUGUGUAGCAUUCUUUGUGGGAUGAAUCCGUAUAGACUGUGAUUACACAUUCCUUAAAGCUAUUAACACUUUUAAAGACUGUUUACAAACUGUAGGUACUUUAUGCAGGGAGGGAACAAAGAUAAUAUGCCAAGCAAAAAUUUUUAUGCAUUAUUACCUUUGUUGUUCUUACAAAGAUGAACAUUUGCUUGGUAUUUUGUGAAUUUUUUUUGAAGUGUCAGUCUUGUGAGAUGCAGAACAUAACUUUGUACUUUUUUUUAUCUGUAACCCUGCAGGAUGUGUCCACAACACAUUUCAAAUUUGUAUUUAAAUGUAUAAUAAAUAGUAUUUUCCCCAGCAGCCCAAAGUUGCAGUUAUU